AUGGUAAACUAACGUCUUGUGACCCGGAUAAGGCGGGAGCUGAAGCCUCACCUCCUGCAACGGCAAACGAUGAUUGGCCAAGAGCUGUAGCCGGUGCAGUUGACGGAUUGGUUGUUGAAGGAGACGGGCGGGGGAGAGAUGAGGAGCGUGUGUGGGAAUGAACUGCCGGGACUUGGCGGCUGCUGAGGUGACUGAGAAAGGAGUAUUACCGGCAGGGCGAGGCGGUGAGUCUGAGCGGCGAGGGCGGCGGCCCUCUCCGUUCGUGCUGCGGUCCCGGGGUCCGCUGCUGCGGUUUUAGCCCUUCGCGCGGCCCUUGGUACGGGACGGGCUUUUGAACCGGCUUCGGAGGGGGCUGAGGGAGAAGUUGGCCGUCCGGACUUGAGGAUGCCCACACAGGCGCCUGAUGGGACCCGCCAAUCCCGCCCCGGUGCGGCUGGGGGUGGGAGCGAGUGGCUUGGCGGGGGCCGCUGCCCCAGAGCGCCGCUUAGUCCCAACAUUUCGUUGAGAGCACUGUUGCUUUCCCUCCGCUUUUCCUAAAAGCGGGCCUUGAUCCGAGGCACACUCCAACCUGGGAGCAUGUAGCACUGUAGCGCUAGCAGUAAAAAAAAAAUGGGGGCGAGGGUGCCUCUGAGCAUGUGCAGUGCCCUCCCUCCUCCCCCCCUUGAGUAAUCGCAACCCGCCGUCGCGUUGUCGAGGAAUAAGGGCACAGAGUAGGCAGAAAAGCCUGAUUUCCAGGGUUAGGCCUAAAUCUGGCCGCUCCUUGGGUUACAAAAUAGGCACUCCUUUUUUUUUCCUUUUUUUUCAGAAGUCAAGUGAAAGGUCAAAAUGCUCCGCCGUCUGAGUUCUCUCUUUGUCUCCAGUGUGAGGACACUGGUUAGACAGCGGCUAACCUUGAGAAGCUCUGUUCUUUUCUCCUACUGCGUCCUAGUAAACAACACUGUGGGCCAUCGCUGCUAGCACUUUGAAACUUGCCUGCCUGUGCCAACUCAGUGGUGACUUCUGUAAACAAAAAGCAGAGGCGGGGAAGCAAGGCAUUUUGACUUUUUUGUCGGUACUGAGAUCAAGAUUUGUUUUUGCCAUAUUUGAAUACAUUGACACACACACACAUCAAAAACUUGUAUCUAACAUAGCUAGACCUAGUUCAUUCUGGUGCUUCUUACAUUGCUAGGUAUAUAAAAACAAGUUGUGCAGAGAAUAAUAGUGUGUAGAAAACAUAGUUGCAUUUAGGUGGAAGUCAUUUAGAAAUUGCAAGUUACUGUCUUCUAAUGCUGAUAGGGAAACCCAGUCACAUGGGUAGGGUAUAAAUAAUAAAAUAAUAAAAUUAUUAUUAUUGAGACAAGUAUUUUUAAGGUAACAUAAAAACGAGGACUCUUUGUUCUUCAGGAGUGUGUGUUCUGUUAAAGCUCAGGCAGCAUUUUGGGAAAGGAGCCAUAGACCAAUGGUGGAACACAUGUUUUGCAUGCAGAAACUGGCAUCUCCAGUUAAAAGGAUCAGGUAGCAGGUGAUGAGAAUGCCUGAGGCCCCAGAGAGCUGCUGUGAGUCAAGGGAGAUAAUACGGGGAUAGAUGGAAGUAUUCUGAUCUCUGAUACAAAGCAGCUUCCAGUAUACUGUGCUUAUUGUGGCAACCAGUGUUUGUACCGCAAAUGAAAAUUCUCUGCACCUAUAAAUUAGGCAAAUGUUUUAAAAGGAAUAUAAAAGCCUUGCAUUUCUGUUUCAUUAUCAUAGGUAUUUGUAGGACUUUAAAAUAUGAACAUUAUUGUUUCAGACUAUCUAGCUUAAAAUGGGGUUUGCCAAAAUAAGUGGCAGUUCAAGAAAACAUAUCUCUGAACUGCUUACAGAAUAAUUGCAACUGAGCAACAUGUGCAAAACUGGUAAUUUUGAGUAGCAAACCCUCACCUCUAGCCAGAUCAUUAGGUUGAUUCAUCCUCAGUUAGUGACCACAAAGUCAAAUGGAAAGUGAAUAGGGAUUGCUUAUGUACUCUGAGAUAUAAUGCAUAUAUUAUGUUCUUGGUAUCUUAUGUAUUACUGGGUAUACUUAGAAAACACUAAAUAAUAUUCUAAAGCACAUAAGGGAUCUAGGUGCUGCAGGCUUACAACCUACUUAAAAAAGAAGUAGUGGGGGAAGGAAUGAAGAAAGACAGGAGUGUAGAUAUUUAAAUCCAAACGGCACUUGCUGGCUGCUGUAUGCAAUGAAGGUUAACUGUUUGUGUCCCCUGUUGCCAAAUCAGCCAUUUGCAUUUUGAGGUAUAUAAAUUGAUUUUUCCAUUAGUUUGGGAGUUCCAUUACACUGGCCUAGUUUGCAUGUCACAAUAAGUCACAAUUCAUCUUAAACAGUGUUUUAAUUGUGAAUGUGGCUGUCACGUGGGUCCCUAUGGCAUCCCCCCUGUGCAGCACCCACACAGCUCAAAUAAGCAAUAACAUGACUUGCUGUGUAGCUUAAUUUUGGACCAUGCUCUAUUUGUUUCAAAUAAACCAAGUGUAGUAAGCAUAUAGCUCAGUCGGAAGAGCAUGAGACUCUUAAUCUCAGGGUCAUGGGUUUGAGCCCCACAUUGGUCAAAGAUUCCUGCAUUGCAGGGGACUAGACUAGAUUAUCCUUGUGGUCCCUUCCAACUCUAAUACCAAUAUUUGUUCCUGUGGCAACUCAAGGUGACUAUGAGUUGUAUUUCAUGAAUUUCUACUCAGAGUAGACCAAUUGAAAUUAAUUACUCCAAGUAGGUCUGUCAUUGACUACCGUCCUAUAUGUUUCCUCCUCCUGGACAGAACAUUUUAAAGGUCAGGAUAAAAAAAAUACUUUAAAAUAUUGCUUUUCUUGACAAUGCAGCCUGGCUCUGUAAGCUGCUUUUCUUAGCUGAGGAAGCACAGUUAGGAUAUGGCAGAUGAGUAGAGGCCAAGGAGGGGAUUUGUUGCUCAGUGGUAGAAGAGCACAAACUUUGCAUGUAUGAAGUCCCCAUUUUGAUCUUUGGUAUCUUCAGUUGGAAGAAUAAUGUAGUGGAAGAAAAUCUGUCUAAGACUCUAGAGAGCCAAUUCCAGUCAGAAAGACUCACCUGGAAGACUGUUUCAUCUUUUUCCUGUACAGAUAGGUACAAAAAGUUAGCCAUGUUAGUCUGUAGCAGCAAAAGCAGAAAAUGUCGUAUUAUGGCAUAUGAGUUCAUGAAUAUAAGUCCACUUGCAUCUGAUGAAUUAGUCCACUUGCAUCUGAUGAAUAAGUCCACUUGCAUCUGAUGAGUCUAAUCCCUGAAAGUUUAUGUCAUAUUACAUUUGCUAGUCUUUAAAUGUAAAUGUGGGUAGGUGGCAUUGGUGGGGGUUUUUUUUGGGGGGUGGGAUAGGGGUAGGGGGAUAAUCACAAAUAAGUGGCAGUAGAAAGCCAUGCAGGUACCCAUCAUAAUUUCAGAUUGCUUUGUUGAGAAGCCAAGGGGAAGUCAAAGUUUGCAAAGAGGGCUCCUAAUAGUUUCCCCUUCUACGGCUUCCAGAAUAGAAACAUGGAAUUACAGUACGUAUUGUCAUGUUUAGUUUUGAGAAUGGGGUGAUACAUUAUUUCCCAGAUGGGUCAGAGAAGAACUUGCUGCUAGCAGAUAUUUGUGCUUUCUUAAGAAAGUAUGCUUUAGUCUUCUGGAAUGAUCCAUCUAAGUCUAAGAAAAUGAUUCCAGGUUCAAAGGGAUACAAAAUAAAUGGCAGCCCUGAACUGCAUACCAUGUACUGCAUGUGAGAAACUGUCAACUGAACAGCUGCACCAGCAUCUCAAACAUCCCAUAAACGGUAAACCUCAAGGCAGUACAACUGAGGUUGCCUGUGCCAAGUUUCCACAUGAAGAUAUUAUUACCUAGGAGUGGUAAACUGUUGACUAAAACAAGCUUGUAAUGAAAGCACUGACAAUGAAUUAACUACAACAGUUCUUGCUAGAACUGUCCCAAGUGUCUUGUAGUCUGCUGACUUGUCAUUUUUUAAAAAAUUCCAUUCAGUUUUCCCAUUAUGUAGCAGAUUAAGAAGUUUAACAAGUUUCCAAAAUGAUCAUAAUUAUGUUCACAUUAUCAAAUUCGUCUUCUUUCUUAGAGGAACUAAACUGAGAGCAGUAGGUAUUUGUAGGUUUUUUGAUGAUGUAUGCAUUUGAUUCAAAAAUCCUGAAAUACACCAUUUUCAGGCCAAGGGCAUAUUGACCUCAAGUUGCCAUGUAUAUGUGGGUAUGCAAGACCAAAGUGUAAAUGGAGACAUGGUGAGAACUGCAGCUCUCAAGGCUAUUUUCUGAACAAAUUUCUCACCAACUAUUUCAUGCUAUCUUAAAUCAAGUUUUAUCAUUUAUUAUUUGUUUCUGUUAUAAAAAAAAAUUAAAGGACAAAUUUUGGGCAUUUGUCACAGGACUGGAAGCAGUAUACGAUUUAAAAAUUGAAACAUUGUGGGGUAAGGCUUAGAUGUGCACAAGAUAUAACCAGCGUUCCUUGUGAGAGGUGUUUGAAUGAAAUAUAAGCUUAUUGAAAACAUAAGCUCUUAAGAAUCUUGUCUUUUAAUUAUCGCUAGUACUUUCUUGUCAGUUAUGUUCCAUAGAUACACAGAUACACACAUUCAGAGUGGAAUCCUGGCAGCUACAUUCUGAACCACCUGAAGUUUCCAAAGGCAGCCCCACAUAGAACAUAUUGCAGUAGUCUGGUUGGAAUAUGACCAAAAUGUGGAUGACUGUGGCAGAGUCAUCCCAUUCAUGUUAGGGGGGCAGUUGGCAUACGAGCCAGUGCUGAUAAAACAAAAACCAAAAACACUCCUGGUCACUGAUACUUACUGGGUUUCCCCAGUCAGUGCCAAAUUCAUGAGCCCUCCCAAACUGCACACUUCUUCUAUCAGGGAGAGUACCAGUCCAUCCAAAACCAGUUUUAAACUUUCUUCUGGAACUGGGGAACUCCCCACUCACAGCAUCAUCUUGCUCUGAUUCAGUUUUAGCUUGUUUGCUGCAUCCAUCCCAGAACUGCCACUCGAUACGGUCAUACCUCAUGUUAUGGAUGCUUCAGUUUACGUGUUUUCGGAUUGCGGACUGCGGGAAAUCCGGAAGUACUGCAAUGGGUUACUUCCAGGUUUCGCCACUCGCGCAUGCGCAGAAGUGCUAAAUCACGCUUCGCACAUGCGCAGAAGCACCGAAUUGCGCCUGCGCAGACCCGGCGCUUCAGGGUGCGUACGCUGCAGAUUGCGGACGUGCCUCUGUCGUGGAUUAUGUCCACAACCCAAGGUUCCACUGUACUGGUUUAGGAUUUCAACAGCCUCCUUGGGAACUGAACAUGGAAAGGAAAGGUAGAGCCAAGUGACAUCAAUAUACAGAUGACCAAACCUGCUUGCACCCUAGAACUUUAUUUUCAAUUUAUGGAAAUCCUAUUUGACAGCGCCUGAAAGUGAGUUUACAAAUUACAAUCAAUAAAUACUGAUUGCUUACUUGCGGUGAAAAUUGUGGACUUAGCUUUUUUUGAUAUGUUUUCUUCUAGAUCAUUUCUCAUAGUUUGAAAGAGUUGCACACAGAUACUCAUGGUUUCACACUUUUUUUUCCCCUCCCCAGAGUGACUAUGGAACAUUUGCAUUCCAGCAAACUGAGGUGGUUAGCUUACAAGAUUGUGGAAACCCUGCAUUGUUCCAGAUGAUUUACUGGAUUAAGCACCUACUUAGAGUGAUCUUUGAGAAAGCAGCAUUAACUAUGGAAUCAGUAAGUGUUAUAGUGAAGUACAGACCUGCCUGGCUGUUAGGAUCAGUGUGAAAUAACCUAUUGACAGUGCCACCCUUUUGAGGGUCAUGGGGCAGUAGUGUUUGAGAGUAUCUUUUUGUGUCUGUGGCCCCCAGGUUAUAGAACUCCUCCUCCAAAGUGCAUUUGGCCUUGCCAUCAUACACGUUUUGUCAACACAUCACAGUAUGCUUUUUUGCCCAGGAGUUAGAUGAAUGUUACAUUGGAAGGGGUAGUCAAAUCUCUGUACAGUGGUACCUCUAGUUACGAACUUAAUUCAUUCCGGAGGUCCGUUCUUAACCUGAAACUGUUCUUAACUAGAGGUGUGCUUUUGCUAAUGGGGCCUCUUGCUGCCGCUGCACCGCCAGCACACAAUUUCCAUUCUCAUCCUGGGGCAGAGUUCUCAACUCGAGGUAACUCUUCCAGGUUAGCGGAGUUUGUAACCUGAAGCAUUUGUAACCUGAGGUGUUUGUAACUCGAGGUACCACCGUAUAAACACUUAAAUUUUUUUAUUUAUUCAGGCUUUGAUCCCAUCCUUCACCCUAAGGUUCCAAGGAGGAUUACUUAAAAUUGGGAGAAUAGAUUAAAACAAUAAAACAUCAAUUAAAAUAUAAUUUAAAAGAAAGUGGAGCUUGAAGUCACUACUGAUCAUCCGUAAUUUCAAGCCCUGCUUAAUUGGUCUUGUAUUUCUAUUUUUAGCAUGGCUUGUCAUGCUACGAAAGAGAAAUGACUCACCUUAAGUCGACAAGUGAGUGGGCUUGUUUGUCUGCAUCCAUUUCAAAACUGUCAAAAUGGUGGUGGAGGAACUCAAGGUCUGGCCCACUGGCCAGAUUCAUUUCCUUAUCCUUGCUCUAGUCUUCUGUCCACAUGAGAAUUCCAGUGUAGAUCAUCCUUGUUAAAACAUAAUGCAUGAAAUCUCAUGGUAGCUGUUCUGACAGCCGAACAGAUUUCCUUCCCCCCCUGCACAUCCCCAAACCUGCCCUGUUCCUUUUUUGGGGGGGGGGGGGAUGAAAAAGUUCCAUUGCACAAGUAUUUGUGUCUUGAUGGAUGAUGCUGCACAAUGAACUUUUCUUUAUACAGAGGCAUUGCGGUGCACAUCUGCAUAUUUAUUCAAAAGUGCAUUAACGGGCUUACUCCCAGGUGAUAUGGAUUUGCAGUGAAACUUAAAGAAACAAAUUAUUUCCAUGAUAGGCAGAUCAUGUUAGGCAGUAAUAAAACUGUUUUUCUUUUAUCCUUCCAGUUGCUUUGGUCUAGUAAGCCUUAUGGUCGCGAUAGAAGUAUUGUAAGGAAAAUUGGCACCAACCUCUCACUGAUACAAUGUCCAAGAGUUCAGUUUCAGGUAAGAUUUUAAAUAUUUGUUUCACUUUCCAGAGGGAAAUUAAAUUAAUCUUAGUGGUCAGAGCAAACUAAUAGGAUCUGGGUCUAGGCUGUUGGUACGUUUUUUCAUCUGUGAAUUUGAAAGCUCUGUCAAAUAUCUCAUAACCAGCAUACUUUUCUCCAAUAGGAAACUACUACAACUGUCUAACAGUUUUAAACAAAACAGUAACCAUCAAAAAUUAAGCAGAGAUCAUUCAUUCAUUCAUUCAUUGCAUUCAUAUAUACUGCCUUUCUGCCAAGGCAGUUUACAAUUUGUAAGUAUGAAAAGAAACAAUAUAACAUGGCGAGUAAAGCAGGCCAUGUAGUUUGUCUAUACAUGCCUCCCUUGAUCUCUUCCUCACAGGACAGAUGGUGUCCAUCAGCUCAGGGGUGGCCAGGGAGAGGGGACAGUGUAUCUGAAGCAGGCCUUGAUGUUUUACAUAGGGGGGAGGCUUCUCCAGGGAGGGAGACAAUAUAAAUAUUGUCAAAUAAAGAGAAAAAAUAUUCUUGAAAAAAGCUUCAAAGGACCAGCUUUCAGGAUGUACUAAUGUGUCAGGUGAGGUAUUGGGAGUCAGAGAGAGAGAAUGGACCUGUUUGAAGCGCCUAAAACUUAUAGCAAAUGUGUUUGUGAGCUUACAAUACUCACCUCUUUGUGCUAUACGCCACUUAGAAGGUCUGAAGAGACCUCCAAGUAUCCUCCUCUUAGGAGCUGGAGACACACUGCAGCAUUUUGUUGAAGGUUCUGUAUAAUUAUUAAAAUUUACCUUUGUCAUUAUGUUUUAAUAGUUUACAUUCUCUAUCUUCUGAGCAGCCUGCUAACCCAACAGACAGGUUUUACACAUUGUAUAACUUCCUUUAAAACUGUACCUCUGUUAGUUGUUUUUAAAAUUGUUGAAUGUCAUGGGGAAACGUCUUAAAAUAUAUCUUAUGGGAACAUUUAUUCAGCAAGAUAUUGUGAGUUGGAAGCUUAAUAAUAUUGACUCUGGGGAAUAGUAGCGAUAGCUGUCAUUAAACAUCUGCCUACAAGUCCAGGGAACUCUUCCAGUGAAUAUUCUGGUGCACUUCCUAGUGUAGAUCUAUGCUUUGAAAAGUUUGCUUUCAUGAAAAUAAAGUUAAGCAGUUUUAAAUCUUUUCUGUGUCUCUGUCAUCUUAGAAGAGGGAUUUGUCCCAGUCUUCUUCCUAUUGUAAAGAGGUUAUGCAUGUUGUAUUAACUUGCUAUAGAGUAACUUUGUGGAGCAGCAGAGCCUAUUACUGCAAAUGUUGAGUGAGUGAUUGUCUCUAAUGCAGCUAGAAAUUGGCUCUGAACUUGGGAAUUUUUUUAUGGAAACAGAGCUCCUUUUGUCUACAGCCCCAGGAGUCACAUCUAUGACUCUUUUUAAAUCCUGGCAUGUUGACAGAGUAAAUGGUAAUUAUCUUCUCGGAUGUUUCCUUCACUGCAUACCCGUAUUCCCAUUCUGUGUUACUGUUAUGAAGCUUUGGAAAUGGGGUUCAGCAAUGGCUUGUUAAGGUGUCACUGUAAGUUGAAAAAAAUCUGUAUAUGGCCAGCUCUUGCACAAAGACUUUCUAUAUGCUUAGAAGGGAGAGCUCCAAUUGCAUUUACUCAACCCACACUUUGCCAUGUAAAAGCUGCUUGUGAUUCAGCUGUGUUAAGAAAGGUCAGACAAAGGAUAAAAAGUAUCAAGAAGCUUUUAACAUGUUGUGUUUUGUUGCGUUUUCAUAUAUUCUGUUGGAAGCCACUCAAAGUAGCUGGGGCAACCCAGUCAGAUGAGUGGGGUACAAAAAAUAAAUAAUUAUAUUAUUAUAACUACUAGAGAGUUGAUAGGGACACAACUCCCUUGUUACAAGAGCUUCACUGGCUACCAGUCUGUUUUCAGACACAGUUCAAAGUGCUGGUUAUGUUAUCUAAAGCCAUAUACAGCUUUGGUCCAGGCUAUCUGAAGGACCAUAUUCUCCUAUUAAAACGUGUCCAAGCUCAGGUCUUUGGGGGAGGUUUUACUUUUAGUCUUGCCACCUUCACAGGCAUGCCUCAUGGGGAUGCAGUAGAGGGCCUUCUUGGUGGCUGCUCUGAGACUUCGGAACUCCCUAAAGAAGCUGGACUAGCUUCCUCCUUGUCCUUUUGCCAACAAGUGAAGUCUUUUUCCCCCAGGAUUCUGGAAACUGGCUGUUCUUAAGGAAAGGCCUCUUAAUAGUGUGCUGUACAGUUUUUUUACUAUCUGCAUUUUAGUAGUUUUUUACAUUGUUUUAAUUCAGAAUACAAUUUAAUUACUUUUUAACAAUAACCAUUUAUACCAAUUGUGUUUUAUUGGUAUUUGUUUUAAUUUUUGUGAGCAGCUGUGAGUCCUAGUUCUGGGGGAAAGGCACAGCAUAAUUACAAUUAAACAGAAUAAAUAAAUAAAUAACAGUUUUGUGGCACCUAAAAGACUAACAAAUUUCUUAUGGCAUAAGCUUUCAUGGACUACAGUCCACUAAAUCAGAUUAGCUUACAAAAGUAUAUAUUAUAAUGUGUGACUUUUUAGGGUGCCACAAAAUUCUUCAUUUUUGCUGUAAGAUACAGUACUAACAUUGCUUCCCAGCUGGAGGAUUAAUAUAUACAGGUAUACACUUUCAUAAUUAUUUCUUCUCAGUGUUAGCCUGGAGUUGUAUAAGUGCAUUUUUGAGUUGUGGAAACACAGUUAAAUGGGAUGGAGUUGGAUGAAAAGUCCUAAAGAUACAUAGAAUAGUAGACACUUUUAUUUAUAACUAAGUGAAAAUCAGAUGGAACAAAAUGGUGAAACAGGGCUGGGGAAGAAGUGUUGGCACUUCAUAUAAAGGUGGAGAGAAAUAGAUACAUAGAAUCUUUGAAGGGCAAACAAAUGUAAUAGAAAUACAUGUUUCAAAUAUAUAAAGAGCAUUAUUUUGACUUUUAGAAUAAUAUGUGUUCCUUCAAUAUAAACAAGUGUAACCUUUUUGGAAUCUUAGUUCUGUAAUAAUACAAGUCAUAUUGUGAUUAUAUGCCAAAUGCCAGAUAAGUGUUUGUAGGCUGAGGGUGCCACUGCCACCCAGGAUUUUGGUUUUGCAUAUGCUUGUUCUUCUGUUACAUUUCUGACAAUAGUUCCACAGAUUUUUAAUAAAACUGUGUCCUUGUGAUGCAUGCAGUUCUGAAGUUACUGUUUUAAUUAAACGUGAUUUACAAUAGCAUUCAUUCUUCAAAUUUGAAAGUGGGAGGAAAUCUUUCAGGGAAUUUUACAUUAGUUGUGAAUUCUGUGUUUUUAUUGUAGUCGUAUGACAGUAGCAUUUAAUUUUACUGAAAUCUUGUGGGUUCUAAAUUGUUCUUGAAGAGAAAAUAUAUUCAAGUAUAGUAAUGAUUUUAAAUUUAUGACUACAUUGAAGUUAGCUGUUUCAAAAUACACUUGUGUGAUACAUUAAAAUGAGCAUAGUUUCUAGCCUUUUUAUAAAAGGUAAAAAGAACAGAUGUUUCCUUCCUUUGUUGGUCCACCUGCAUUGAAACUUCUUUGUUACACACUUACCUGUUUCCAGUUAAAAUGGGCUUUGAGGUUUAGCUGUUACCUCUUAACAUGAAAAUGGACAGCAUCAACAAGGUUUAUUUGGGAAAGAAAGGAAUAGGAAGCAAGGACUAAUAUUUCAUCUUUAUCUGCAAAAUUUUCUCACUGGCCUGCAUCCAUAAAAUUAUUCACCAGGAAUAAGAGCUUUGGCCCUCUGGUAAGCCAGGAUUCCUGAUAAUGAAGAGGAUCCUCACUCACUGAAGUCUGUUAUUUGACACUGAGCUUUUGAGCCUGUUCUACUGCUUGAAAGCUCGGUAGGACAUGAGACCUUUCCUCUCACUUGCAGCAGUGGGGAGAGGUUGGUUCUUUCUGUGCUGCUGACCAUGCAAAAGCAGCACAAGGGAUUGGCUUCAGCCUGCUCCAGAAGCCCAGCACCACAGAGACAAACACCCCUCUGUAAAUCCUUUGGCAUGUGUGCCAGGGAGGAUCGAUGGUGAGCACAAAUGAUGGCUUUCUCUGGAACUGAGCCAAGAAUGUGUGAACCCUACAGAUAUUUCCAACAAAAGUGGGAAGCAGCUAGAGGAGAUAGUAUGCAAACAUAUUCUUUGGGUACAGUUAAUGUGGUUUCCAAGCUGAAAAGGUUAUUAUAUCCAUUCCCUAAAUUGAACAGCCUUAUAUUACUCAGUUGUGAGGAUUUGAUAUGUGUCACAGCAGCAGAAUCAGUGCCAAGGUUGAACUCUUGCUUUUUUCUAGAUUGUUGCUACACUGAAACUUUUCUAUAGUGUUCUCUCUUUCCCUCUUUUUUCUUUCUUUCUUGCUUUAGCUAUUAUAUCACAGGAUCGUGCACUGAACCUGCAGUAAGUCAGUUUUGUCCUUUCUCAUUAAACUUGAUUAAGCUAUUAGUGCAUGCUUGUAAUCAUAAUGAACUGCUAUUAAGAACCAUAAAUCAAAUUAACUUUUAGAGCCUUAAUUUUCUGCUUGAUCUUACAUAGGGGGCUUUAACUGCUGCAAGUUUUUGUUCUGCAACUGUGGGAGAGAAACUGUUGAGGCAAUCCUGUGCACACUUACUCAGAAGCAAGACCCACUAUAUUCAAUGGGACUUAUUCUGCUCAAGUGGGCAUACGAUUGCGGCUUUAAUAAGACGUUGUGACUUUAAAGUUGUAGUAUAGUUGGACAAAGAAAUGUGUGGUGGGUGAUUUGGAUGCUUGCCACAGACGGGGAUAUGGGACUCUUGUACUCCCAUCAGCCCUAGCCAACAUGGCCAGUGGAAAGAGAUAAUUGGAGUUGUAAUCUAACAUCUAGAGGUUUCCAUGUCGGCUGCCCAUAACCUAGAGACUGAAGCACUAAGAAGAUAAAAAGCUCUAAACCAGCACUUCUCAAGUUAUCUGAUGUGAUGGAUCAGCUAUUCCCUCCCCUAAUGUGCUAAGAACUAGUAACAUAUUUGGUCCCUGAAAUGCCCCACCCAACCUGGGCUGUGUGGAGUUGCCAGGGGCCAGCAACUGAUGACUCACAGAACAGCACUGGUCCAUGGACCACCACUUUACAAUAAUAUUAAUAAUAAUACAGUAAUAAAUUUAUUAUUUAUACCCCAUCCAUCUGGCUGGGUUGCCUCAACCACUUUGAGUAGCAUUGCUCUAAACCACUAUGUGCCUGUACAUAUGGGAGCUCAAACGUGGUUUACAUUAAACUAUUGUUAGUGUGAGUCACAGUUGAGUGUCAUGUCUUAAUUGAGCUUCAAAUGUAGAGUUUAAAGCUAUACUGCAACUUGCUAUUUUAGUCACCUUGGAAGUCAUGUCAGAAUAACCCAGUGAUAGCCAAGGGAUAGGUGCACUUGACAAUCUCUGUCUUUCUUUCUGUCUGCCUGUCUCAACAACUAGAUCCACACAGAAUAUGUAAUAGCAAACCUCUGCUUAGGCCUGUAAAUUUGGCUCCAAGUCUUUAAGGCUAGAAAAAUAUUUCAUAUAUUUGGAGUUGGCCUAGGGGAAAAAAUCCACAGUUGCUAGACAGCAGUAUCAACCCUUUAUGUAUUGAUCAUGGUGCUUUCUUAGCUUUGUUGGCAAAUCUGGAAACAGAUACUAUUUGACAUUAGAACUGCACCCACAUCCUCUGGCCACAUAGUGCAUAUUAUCAGUGUACAUCUUGCACUUUCUAUCUUUACUCCUAUUUCUCACCAAAGUAUUACUAACUGGAAGAGCACAUUGAAUGCAGACCAGGUUUCUUACUAGCUCUGCCAUGUAAAAGAUUAUUCCCCUGUUUACUUUAAUCUUUAAUCUGAACCUUCUUUUGCAUGAAAACAUUCCUUUUUGGCACUUUGAAAGAAUGGCACUGCUAGAUGCUUGGUGAGAUUAGAGAAUUGUCCAUGGACUGUAGUCAAUAACUAUUAGCUUAGGUAACUUUCCAAAUUGCAACUAGUGACUUAUGGUGCAGGUUAAAGAGAAACUUGCCUGGCGUUGUACACAUUGGAAAACAUAGGUUUAUUUGCAAUUUGUUGUACUGUAUUAAUUCAUGUUUUGUAUUUCAUAGAUUAAUUGUGCUAAUACUAAAAUUUCUGAGUUUAGUUCACAUGCAGUAUUCUUUGUGGGAUUUAACCCUGGUGUAAAAUCUUUCUCCUUUUCCAUCUAUUUCUCUGUGACAUAAUAGGAGGAUGUUUCAUCCUUCCACUACCCUCAAGGAAGUAAGACUAUGUGUGAAAUCAUUGUCGACUUAGUGCUAUUUGAAUUCUAAUAUGUAAUCUUGUCCACUCAAAUCUAGCUUCCAUCUCAGUCUGCAGAAGGCAGUCAUUCUAACCCACUGAGAGAUGAUGGAGUGGUCUCCCUUGCAGAUGUGGGGUGGGUUGCUGAAGAAGAAAGUGAAGUCUUUACACGGCUCAGGUAUGUUUUUUGAAGCUGCCCCUCUGUGGUUGAUUCUUUAAGUCAACCUGUGUCAAGGGAAGCAGCAGUGUGUCAAACUGAACUAGAUAUCCUGUUCAUUUGAAUGCUGUCAAGUGUUGUUUUCACGCAUAGAGAAACAGCAGAGUCACCUAGACAGCCACAAGUUUCAGCACCCAUGGCACUUGGAAGAUAGGGAAUGAACAAUGUAAAGGCAGGUGCUUCCAAUGUUUAGAUUAUUGGGUGUAGGUUAGGACUCUGUAAUGUGAUGUAAACCCAAAGAACUGCCUCUGGGAUGCACCAGUUUCAUUUUGACAAUAUGAGAAGCAGAGAGUUGACAUAUUGGUGAAGUGGGGUUGGGAGGGCAUUGGUUCCAUUCUGCAUUACUGAAUGACGAUCCUACAGUCCAUAAAGCAAGAGAUGACUGCAGAGAAAGCCACAGUAUUGCCAGUGCUCUCUUCCAUUCCUGCAGAAAGUGAUAUGCUGUUAUGAAGUGUUUCACAUUAAGUGUGACUAUAGGUUAAUGUGUAUUCCUGUGUUGAUAGUGGCACAUGAAAAUAUUUUGGCUGCCAUUAUACAUUAAAUUUACGGAAAGAUGAGAAAGGGGUGGCUGUGUCUUAAUGAAAAAAAUCAGAUUUGGGGAAUUCAAUUUGAAGUGAGAACUAGCUAGUUGUGGCAGUCUUAAUAGCCUAUGCAGCCAUUCAUUCCCUGAACAAAGAAGUAGGGGGGGGGGACGACACCUCAUGCCUUUAGAAGGUUUAGGCUGCAUAAGAUGCUGUGCACAUGGAGUUCCAAUCACACAACAGGACUUCCCCUUCCUCUCCCCCUCUUCUCCUCACCACUGCUCCCUUUAGCUUGCUUGAUAAUGGGUUUUUUUAAAAAGUACUACUGUAUAUUGUUUUGUUGAUUACAGAUCAGACGUUUGGUCAAAAUCCCAAACAUAUCCUAGAGGUGAAGGCUGCUCAGGAAGAGAUCCAAAUAUUCAAGUACCUUUGCCAAAGCCAUUGCAAGAAAAAGAAGACUCCAAGAUUGCUGUGGCCACAAAUGAUGAAGCUCUGCAGAAAAUCAGUGUGCUAGAAAAUGAACUUGCCAGUUUAAGAGCGCAAAUAGCCAAAAUCGUAAGCUUACAAGAACAGCAGAAUAUGACAGCAGGUAUUUUAAAAAAAAAUUAUAACAAAGCUAAUUUUAUUAUUUUUCUUUCAAAUUGACUUUCUUUCCAAUGGGUCUGAUUAUUCUUUGCAUUAGAAGUGGUGACUUCCAUAGUUGUGGUAUCUCACUUCUUAACUCACCUUGACAGGAGAGAACUAGAAGUGGGUCAUACUUUGCUGUUCCAUCCACUGGACUAUUCAUGCCUUCGUAAACAAUUGCAGAAACAUAGGCUCAAGGUGAUAUUGAGUCAUUGCUGUGUUAUCUGACAUUGUUGAUUUUAAAGGUGCUGAUUGGCAGUAGUUGAAAAAGCUUGUCUGAUUACUAUUCUGAUGUCUAAAAACAACUUUAUGAAAGCUUCAGUUAACACAUUUUGGGUGUUGAAUUAUUCUUUAAACCAUAUUUCCAACUUAUUCAUCUCUGAUUAGUGACUGCUAAACAUGAAUUGGAAGACUGCCAGUACUUCUUGGAAGAAGUAUAAAGACAUUAACUACUUGAUUGCCUUGCAUUCCCUUUCCUUUGUCUCAUUUAUCCCCUCUUAAUAAUCUACUUUUUCAUAGCAGUCUGAACAUGACAGCGGAGGGUAUUGGAAGGACGAGAAGAACAACCUUGUUUCCUAGCUGGCAAGGUCUUUAGUGUUGCACGUUAAAUUUUCUGAGACUGCUGCCAAAAUCAACCCAGUAUCUGCAGUUGUAAGCUCUAAAGCACUGCUGCACUGUUCAAAUAUGUUUGAUUUGGUCAUCAUUUUAUAAGAUGGCUGGUGAUGGCUUAUUAUUUAUACAUUUGUCAUACUUCUAGCAUUCUCUAGUGGCUUAAACAGAAUCCACACCCAUUGGGUAGAAAUUUUAAAACUUGUUCAACACUAGUAAGCCUAACCAGAGAAUGGGGUUCCAAGCCUUUUUGGCACCCUCUACUCUUCUUGCAUUUCCUUCCUAGAUAGAUGUCUGUCCCUAACUGAAAAAUACUACAUUGCUUUGAUGGGCUUUGUUUUUGAAAUGAUAAUCAUUAUUUACUGAAGAAUAUUGUUGCAUAAUUAAAUGGACUAUUUUGUUACAGCUGGAGUAAGUUCUGCAGCAUCAGUUCCUGUCCUAGCAGGAGUGCCAGCACCGCCCCCGCCGCCCCCACCCCUUCCACCUCCACCACCGCUCCAGCAGAGCACUUCUGCCAUUGAUCUUAUUAAGGAGCGCAAAGGAAAAAGAGUAAACUCUGGACGGACUUUUAUAGAUGAUGAUUCGAAGAAGCCUGAAAUACCAAACAUGCUAGAUAUUCUCAAAGAUAUGAACAAUGUAAAGCUGCGAUCUGUGAAAAGGUGAAUCUACUACAGCUCUCUGUUCAGGAAGGUUGGGGGGGAUGGGACUUUCAGUGAGGAAACCUAACAAUGAAUGGUUCCUUAGGUUACAUACAGAAGUAAGUAGCCAUUCAUUUGCUUAAUCAAGGUAACACAUACCCCACUGCAGCCCCCUCUUGCACCAUCAUGCACGCUUUCGGAUUAGGAGGAACAUCACAUCCCUCUUUAGGUAAAGUUAGCAGCUCAGGGCCAGGAGAUGUGCUGUAUCAGAUAAGAGGCUGGAAGAUGUGUUGUUGCACUUGUAGCUGGUAGUACCAACCCUUCCGGGUUGGGGGGUGGAGAGAGAGAGAGAGGAAGCCAGUCUUUUUGCAGGCAUUUGAAGUGUCUACAACUCAACGGUUUUGAUCUAUUCUUUUGAAGACCAGAGGAGAGCACCAAACGAAAAGCAGCCGACCCAACAGAUCCUGCCGCACUAAUAGCUGAAGCUCUUAAAAAGAAAUUUGCUUAUCGAUAUCGAAGUGACAGCCCAAGUGAAACUGAGAAACAGGCUCCUGAAUCUGACACAAGGCUGGUAAGUACUGCAUCCAAUUUAUGAUUCACUGAAGUCUAGUGACUAGGAUUUUAAUCCUCCCUCCCAGUUCUCCCUUGACCUUUAAAACUGUAGUUGUAGCCAACUGCAUAUAUCUUAAGGAUCAUGCACUGGAAGUUGACCCGGCUUGCCACUGGAAUGUGUAGAAGUCUCUCUGCCCCCAUGCACACAAUUUCUGAGAGCUUUUCUGACUUGGACUCCCUCUGACAUGCUCCAGCCAGCUGCUGGAGGAGCUGGCCUGUGUAGCUGUGAAACCCUUCUCACAUGUGGAGUGUAGGAUUAUAAAAUGGGUCUGUCUACAGAAAAUGCAAUGGGGAGCAUGAAGAUGCAGGCUGCUAGUCUGUCUUAUUUUUUACUGAACAGACUGGUGAAGUUAGCAUGAUGUCAUUUGUCUGUCCCUCCAUUAGCCUACUUGUUCACUUGCAUGUAAUUCCUUGCUACAUAUGAACUAGGAAAGUUGUUAAAUACUAUAGGGAAACCUUAUUGUUAAGCCCAUAAAAGUUACUAGCCUGCCCAAAAAGCCUAAUCCUGCUUUUUUUUCUCUCCUAAAAGGAGCCCCUCUUUUACCACUUUGCUACAAAUUUCUAUAAUUUUUACUAUUUAUUAAAUUUGUAUAUUGCCCUAUACCCAUAGGUCUCAGGGUAGUUCACAGGAUCAGGCUAGCAGUGCAGAAGGCUGGCAAAGGGGAAACAAAGCACUCUCCUCCUUUGCCAGUCUGCCUUGCUACCACAGUAGCUGCAGAGAAGGGGUCUCACUGUGUCUUAAAACCUGCUCAUCCUUAGCAAAAUUCACAUACCCAUGUGCAGACUCUUGAUCCCCAAUGGCAACCAGAAAAAUAGUUAAAUACAAGCCUUCUAUAGAGCAGCUGCAAUAUAGUGCUAGAUUACUGAGGGCAAGGUGAGCAGGAAGCUUCUUUUCUAGUCUCAGAACAACACUUGCACUGGGGAGAGUGGAUUUCCCAGCUACAAAGGCCCCCUAAUAUGUUCUAUUGUAACAGUCAGCUAUCACCAAUAACUGGGCUAACUUACACAGUUUGUCCCAUUGCUAGUUGGUCUUUAGGCAGAAUGGCAUCAGAGGGUAUGUUGCAACUAUUGUUCAUUAUUUCAGUUGGUGGUCAAGAACAAGUAUGUAAUGAAAUAACUGGUCACUGUACUAGAGGUACACAGAAUUUAAGGGGGUUUGGAAGACAAGACGGACAUGAUGGUGAAGCCUAAUUCAAACUAGAGAGCUUCUUGCCAAACAAAGGUUUACUUGUACUUCAAGAAUGUUGAACACAGGGUUGGCUCCAUUUAGUGCCCUGGUCCUAACAGAAGUGUUUUUGAUGCUGCAGGUGCCUCUAACAGAAGAUGAGGCCCUUUUUGCCAAAUCGCUUUUCCCCUAGCACCUGCACGAGAUUGGCCCCAGAGAGUAGAGGGGCCUUGUGGAGUAGCAGGGAAGGUGUAGGAAGAAAGAGGAUUUGUCAAAAACUUACCCACAUCAAGCUCUUCUGUCAGCAAAUGCGUCUGCUGCAUCAAAUGCCCUUAUAAAAGUGCAAGACCACUAACUGAAUUCCACUCUUUUAUUUAUUUGACGAGAUUUAUAUACCACUGAAUCAACAAAAACCUCUAAACAGUUUAUGUAAAGCAUGAACUAAAAAUCAAAUGUUAAACAUUCAUAUAAAUAAAAUCAGCAGUUUUAAAACAAAUGUAAAUAUUUAUAAACCCUAUUUGGUUUUUAAGCUCCAUUAUUUCACUUCUGGGUUUGCUUCUUAAAUUUCUCAGUUUUAAAAUUGAUCAGGAAAAACCACAAGUAGAAGAAAUGUGUAAGAAUGACUUCUGAGUACAUGCUAGCAGUAGCCUGUAGCCUUGGUGUAUGAACUUACUCCCAGUAUAUGCAAAUCCUUGUGCUUACUCUCAUUCUCUUUUUAUAGUUUGGGCCACACAUGCUGAAGCCUACAGGAAAAAUGAAGAAUCUAAUUGAAAACUCUUAA